UCGUUAAAAAAAUUAAGCAUCCACUCGAUUCAACAUCGAGAGAAUUUUAUUUAGUCGAUUGUGUUUCUCAUGUAGUCCCUUUUUGAUCUCCGAUUGUUUCGUCUGUUGCAUCUCUUCAACCAGUUCCAUGGCUCUCCUUGGAAAGUGUUUUCUACAUAAUCCAAUUAAAAAAACCUUCUCAUCUUCAAACAUCUUCAGAAGGUUGCACUGCUUCAAUCCCGUUCUCUGCAACUCUACCAUACAGAUUGUUCCGUGCAGGCAGGACGAUGAGCUUGACCAAAACAGCACAGAUAUUGCCCAGAAAUCGGAACUGGAUAAUGGGGCUUACCUGGGAAAGGAAAAAUGGAGUUCAGCUACAUACAGAGGAGGAAGAGUUCAAAGAAUGCAGGAUGCCCAGAUUAAUUCAGAUUUUAUUUUGAAUACUUCAACAUCUUUUAGUUCACUAAGAAGAGUUGGCGAUUCUUCAAUUUUGAGCUCCAGUUAUGCUAUGCAUGUUCCACAUUUAACCAGAUUCUUUCAUAUUGGCUUUGCAGUGCAAGCAAAACGAAAACUUGAUGAAGUUGGUGUGAAGAGUAUAAAGAAACCAAAACGAGUAAAGAAGGAGAAGCGUACCCAACCGCCAGUGGAGGCCCCAUAUGUUCCACCAAGGCCAAAGAGAGCAGUAUGGUCUUCACGUGAUAAGAUUAUUGACAUUUUUGAUGGGAUGACUCUUGUUGAACUGGCAAAGAGAACUCGUGAAGGUAUUGACACUCUGCAAGAUAUCCUUCUGAAUAUUGGUGAGCCGGUCAGCUUAGAAUUCCAGCCUAUUACAAUGGAUGUUGCAGAGCUUGUUGCAAUGGAACUUGGAAUAAAUGUGAGACGUGUACAUUCAGAGAAAGGUGCAAAAGUUGAAACACGUCCUGCAGUGAUAACAGUCAUGGGGCAUGUUGAUCAUGGUAAAACUUCACUUCUUGAUGCUCUAAGGCAAACAUCUCUGGCAGAAAAAGAAGCUGGUGGUAUCACUCAACAUUUAGGAGCAUUUGUUGUGAGGAUGCCAUCUGGAGCAUCUCUUACUUUCCUGGACACUCCUGGGCAUGCUGCCUUUAGUGCUAUGCGAGCAAGGGGUGCUGCAGUUACAGAUGUGGUGGUGCUUGUGGUAGCUGCUGAUGAUGGGGUUAUGCCUCAGACUCGUGAAGCUAUGGCUCAUGCACAGUCAGCAAAUGUGCCUGUUGUGGUGGCAAUCAACAAAUGUGACAAGGCAAAUGCAGACCCUGAAAAAAUACGAAUGCAACUUUGUACAGAGGGAUUGGCAUUAGAGGAAAUGGGGGGUGAUGUGCAAGUGGUUGAGAUAUCUGCAACAGAAAAUAUUGGUUUGGAUAAGCUGGAGGAAGCUUUACUGCUCCAGGCUGAACUAAUGGAUUUGAAAGCACGCAUGGAUGGUGAUGCGUAUGCAUAUGUUGUUGAAGCACGACUUGAUCGCUGUCGUGGCCCUUUAGCUACAGCAAUUGUUCGUUCUGGAACAUUAGUUCCUGGCCUUUACAUUGUUGUUGGUGCUGAGUGGGGAAAGGUCAGGGCUCUGCGCGAUAUGUCUGGUCGACCUGUUCAAUCAGCAGGACCUUCGAUGCCUGUUGAGAUUGAAGGUCUUCGAGGUCUACCUUUGGCAGGAGAUGAGCUUUCUGUUGUUGCCACAGAGGAGAGAGCAAGAAAAUUGAGCAAUGGAAGAAAAACAAGAUUUGAAGUAGAGCGAAUUAAAAAGAAAAAUGAAGAGGCAGCUAAGAUGUCAGACCUUGUGGAUGAAGGAGUUGAAAAAGUUGAAAUGGCACUUAUUGUUAAAGCUGAUGUGCAAGGUACAGUCCAGGCUGUAACAGAUGCAUUAAAGACGCUGAAUAGUUCCCAGGUGCUUGUCAAUAUUGUUCACAAAGGAGCUGGAGCAAUUUCUCAAGCUGAUGUGGAUUUAGCCCAAGCAUGUGGGGCAUGCAUUGUGGGCUUCAAUAUACGUAACACACCAAGUUCUGUAGAUGCGUCUGCUCGUCAAGCAAAUAUAAAGAUACGACAACAUCGUGUAAUCUAUCAUCUGCUCGAAGAUAUAGGAAACUUGAUAGUAAGUAUGGCACCAGGCAUAUGUGAAACUCAGGUUGCUGGUGAAGCACAAAUAUUAGGCAUUUUUGAGCUUAAAGGAAGGAAUAAAUCUGGUAAUACAAAGAUUGCUGGCUGUCGAGUAUUUGAUGGUCGCAUGACAAAAACUUCAAGGUUCAGAGUGCUGCGAAGUGGUGAGGCAGUGUUUGAAGGUUCUUGUGAGUCCUUGCGUAGAGAGAAGCAAGAUGUAGAAGCGGUGGGGAAAGGUAAUGAAUGUGGCCUAAUUUUGCAAGAGUGGAAUGAUUUCCAAAUAGGAGAUGUUGUUCAGUGUUUAGAACUUGUUAACAGAAAACCUAAAUUUGUAUCAUCAGAAAGUGGAGCUGUACGAAUUGAAUGUUGAUACUUUCAAAAGCAUCAAUAAGAUGUAAAUUCUCAUUGCUAUGUAUGAGAGGUAUGACUAUUCUACUACUACAUUUUUGACACACAGAUCCUAACUAGAUAGACCGAUGUGUUGACUCACAAAGAUUGCUUGUCCACUUUCUGACCAAUACAUCUAUGAACUUAAGUACGAACAUAGAGGUCCUCUGCUAGAAUAUUCAAUGAAUAUCUAGAUUCUUGCCCAGUUUCAAAGUCUACUAAAUUCUUGCCAGACAUUAUGUAUCAGGAAUUCUUUUCUCCACAAAUAUUUUCAAAUGGUCUUGCACGGUUUGAGGUCUUUAUCGUUCCAUCUCAUAAGUUGUCUAUAUCAAGUUCCAUAUGAAUUUUCUUGAUUUGUAGGAUUUUAAACUCUAGCUGUUAAAUUGCCUGCCACAGGCUGUUUUUUGUAACUCCGAGAUACUACAAAAGCAGCAUGUUCUACUGGCUGCAGUUCUGUACACAUAAUUUCUAUUAAAUAUAAUUUCCUCUUUUUUGCUUA